CUGAUCAGGCAAUAAAUCUUGUUUUGCCAUAGGCACGUACCCGUAUAUAUUGCACAAAAGAUACAUAGAACUGGUAGCUACCACUCACGCGCUCAUCGCCGAGUGUCCUUUUGGCAGGCACCCAAAAAUGCCCAAAACUGGACACCAUCCAGCGAAUGCACUUUUGCAAAUUUCAUCGCAUCUAAUCCCUGGAACACAGCCUAAUCCCCCGAAGCAGGCAUAAACGUGUCGACAGUUUUGGGGAAAUUGGCGAAUUUUAAUUAACCGCGUGAACCCAUCAGCAUCAGUGGAACCCGAAGCUGAAGCUGAGGCUAAAGCUGAAGCAACCCGUAGCCAUGGACACCAUGGUCUCUCUGUUCAGUGAAGGAUGGCCGCAGCAUCCACUGGACUCACGCCCAUGAGUAGCGCCCAUCCCACCAAUAAUGCCUAUGACAACGUCAAGCGAACCCAUUCCACUCCGCCGCUUUGGUUGCUUGUGGCGAACCAUUUACACUUCAACGGGGGGCCUUUCAAACUAUUCAAAGCUGGCCCCAGUUACAGCUCCAGCUUCAGCUCCAGCCUCAAACCCUUUUGGGGGCGAAGCGAAUUCUUAUCUGUUGCACACAGACUUGAGUCGGGCCGUGCUGGGGCUCAGGAUUUGCUCAGGAUGCUAAUGAAGCGAUGCGGAUGUGCUCUCCGUCUUUUGCGUGGCAUUGUCUUGCGGUGUACAGAGGCCAGGAGUACAGAGACUCCUGGUUCAAAGUUUGGCCCCAGCUCUGCCCAGGAAAGUUUUCCUUUAUUUGUGUGAUAAUCCAAGGAAAUAUGUUUGCCUGGCUACAAAAUACCCCAAGAGUCCCCCUCUUCAACUGUGCUGGCAUAUCCUAUAAAUAUUAUUGCAUUAAAUUACAAAUUUCACGAGUAAAUAUAUCUUAGUCCGG